UUCACAGAGCUCGGAGCUUGAUGGGAAUGUUUGAUUAGCUCCUCUCUGAAAGAAAAAAGGUGUCCAGGCCUCCCUCUGCUGCCCGCCUCUCCUUCUCUAGAAUAAUGUUGGCUGGAGUUUGGGGUACAGAAAAGCUUGGAAAAAAACCCACUUUCAUACUGUGUGGAGAAAAGGAAUAAAAAGUUACACACCUCAAGCAAGUGCUCCUUAGCAACACAUCCAGAUUUUGCUUUACCCACCAUGAAGGCCACAAUCAUUGCAACCUUCUUUGGUGUGUUUCUUACAUGUACAUACACAGCCAAGGAAGCCACAAAGAAGACAAAAAAGGCUAAGUUAUAUGUACCCCAGAUUGAUUGUGAUGUCAAGGCGGGGAAGAUAAUUAAUCCAGAAUUCAUUGCAAAAUGCCCUCCUGGAUGUCAAGAUGUAAAAUACCGUGUUUAUGGCACAGACAUUUAUGCUUCUUUUUCCAGUGUCUGCAAUGCUGCAAUUCACAGCGGUAUAAUUGACAACACAGGUGGGAAGAUCCUUGUCCAGAAAGUCGCCGGGCACUCUGGUUACCGCGGGAGCUUCUCCAAUGGUGUCCGGUCCCUGUCACUGCCACGCUGGAGAGAGUCUUUCCUCGUGUCAGAGGGCAAGCCAAGAAAAGGUGUGACAUAUCCAUCAACUCUUGAAUAUUCUUCUUCAAAAACUACAGCUGUUAAAUCAGAGCCUAAAAAAACAGAGCAAGACCUAAAAGGUAUGAAGAUUGCAGACACCUUUAACACAUCAGGAAAAGCAUCAGAUCAAGGGGACACGGUCCACAAAGAGUAUCAGACAACUCCAGUGCCGACCCCAGCCACACAAAUGGCCACCACAACCCCCACACCGACGACCACGAUGACAGAUCCUUCCACCACAGUGCCGCAGCUAACCACAACACCUGCAGCAGCCAGAACCACAGCAGCUCCAGCCAAGACUAGACCUGGACUGCACAGGGUCAGAGAUAUGGGUUCUAGCAGUGUCCACCCAGCGUACGCAUCUGUGGUAGCUGCAGCAGCAAGACAGGUUCAGGCUGCACAAGGAAGAGGACAGAAUACAGGUGCUCAGCGCCAAGAGCCUUUUGCCACCUUCCAGAGGGCUGCCAGCUCUCCAGUCCACCUGGCAAUGGAAAUAGACUCAUGGAAACCUGGACUGAGCCUUUUUGACACAGGCUUCAGUUCAAAGGAAGAAUUGAAUCCAAAGCCACUGGAAUCCACCUCCCAGGGGAAUCAGAAUUGCAAAGUUGAUUUGUCCUUCUUAAUGGAUGGGAGCUGGAGCAUUGGCAAACGCCGCUUUCAGCUCCAGAAGCGAUUCCUUGGUAACGUGGCUCAAGCCCUUGGCAUCGGCAGUGAUGGUCCUCUGAUGGGCAUUGUUCAGUAUGGUGACGACCCCUCCACAGAAUUUAAUUUAAAAACUUAUGCCAACUCCAAGGAUCUAAGGAAUGCCAUUGAGAAAAUUCAACAGAAAGGGGGACUUUCCAAUGUUGGGAAGGCACUUUCAUUUGUUAACAAAAACUUCUUUUUGGAUGCUAAUGGAAACCGAGGUGGAGCACCCAAUGUGGUUGUAGUGAUUGUGGAUGGGUGGCCGACCGACCGAGUGGAAGAGGCCUCCAGGCUGGCCAGAGAAUCAGGGAUCAACAUUUUCUUUGUCACUGUUGAAGGAGCUGCUCAAAGUGAAAAGCAGAAUGUUAUUGAACCAAACUUUGUGGACAAGGCAGUGUGCAGGACAAGUGGUUUCUAUUCCAUCAACGUGCCCAGCUGGUUCAGCCUCCACAAGGUUGUGCAGCCCUUGGUGAAGCGGGUGUGCGACACUGACCGUCUGGCUUGCAGCAAGACGUGCCUCAACGCCGCCGACAUCGGCUUUGUGAUCGACGGUUCCAGCAGCGUCGGCACCGGCAACUUCCGCACGGUUCUCCAGUUUGUGGCCAACAUCAGCAAGGAGUUUGAGAUUUCGGACACUGACACGCGCAUCGGAGCUGUGCAGUACACCUACGAGCAGAGGCUGGAGUUCAGCUUUGACAAGUACAGCACGAAGCAGGACGUGCUGAACGCUAUCAAAAGGAUCAGCUACUGGAGUGGGGGCACAAGCACGGGGGCAGCCAUCAGCUACGCCUCAGAGCAGCUGUUCAGCAAGUCCAAACCCAACAAAAGGAAGAUCAUGAUUCUCAUCACAGAUGGCAGGUCUUACGAUGAUGUCAGCUUGCCAGCCAUGGCAGCUCACCAAAAUGGAGUCAUCGCUUAUUCCAUUGGAGUUGCUUGGGCAGCCCCAGAUGAACUGGAAGCCAUUGCAUCAGACCCUGCUAAGGAGCAUUCCUUCUUUGUGGAUGAAUUUGACAACCUCUACCGCUACGUUAAUCAGCUCAUUCAAAAUAUUUGCACAGAGUUUAAUUCCCAGCCACGGAACUGAUGGACUCAAGCAAGGCAGGACCCUUGGAUGCUGUGCUGAAGGCAUGUCAAGUGCCACAGAAAUAAUGCCAGUCCUCAGUUCAAGAAACACUGGAGGUGUUUUCCUCUGGCACUUCCCGUCAGCAAGGUUCAUUGCAGCUCUGCCCCUAUACAUGAUAAUGCUCUGUGUAGAGUGUUGAAUUUUUUUUAUUAUUUUUUAUUUUCUCCUUGUGGGCAUCAGAAACUCUGAUUUAGACAGAUAGCUGAGGAGGGAGUAAACAUGGAGAAAAUAACUGCAGCUGUUUGAAGAGCUGCUUCCAGCAUAGAGCCCCAGCUUGCCCAAACCUCACCUCUGGACACACACCACGUGUCCAAACGUGCCAUCUGCUCCCUGAAGUCACCAGGUCCCUUCAGGAAGUGGCCAAGCUGCUGAGCUGCUGUGGUAGAACCGCCUCAUGUGGCACUGCCCAAGAGAUGACACACAGAUCAGGGCUCAAAUAUCAGAUGCUUUUUUUGGAGGGGAACUCAACUUAAUUGGAGUACCUUCCUAAAAGCAGGUACUCUCUCCAUACUGCUGUCUUGUCUAUAAAUUAAGCUUCAGUUAUUGUCAACUCAAGCAUUGGGAUUUAGCCAAACCCUGAGAAACUGGAAAGCAAGAGAGAGGAAAGGUUCAAGCCCCAGGACCCUACAACCCUUUGUCUCUUUUACAACCCUACAUCCCCAAUAAAGCCUCAAAUCCACACAACAGCCAACAUGCAGGAAUUGGAAUCUAGUCUCCCACAACACUGCCUUAAUUACUUGAUUUUGAGAAGUGUCUUUCCCCCUCAGCUUCAUCCUUCACUCUUGGAUGGUUCAUGGCCUGCAGAACCAUGAACCAGGAGUAUUGCCAGGACACAGGAGACUCAGAGAAUUUGGGUUUAAGUUGCUCACAAUAUGAAAAGCAUUUAAGACCCACCACUCUGUCAUUAAACCAACACUCUGAAGUGCAGUUUCUAGUGUCAGGAGAGUGUUUCAAGAGCCAUUUACAGGAUUUAUGAGGGAAUUAUCUGAAGUUCUGUAUUAUACACUAGGAAAAGCAGAAUUUCAAGCAUUUACAGACACUCUCCCUCAAAUUUAGGACUGAAUUCUCUUCUACGGACCGACUUCAAAAUGCACCUAUUACAGCCCUGGAUCAGUCAGAACAAACAGUGGUUCCUUAAGUGGAGAACUACCCAUGUCACUAGUCAGUCUGGAGGAAGGACACACUAGGAGGACCAAAAUAACUGCACUUCAUUUAGGAAGCAGCAGUUGCUGGUUAUGUUCCAUCUAGUAUCACUUAAGAAUAUAGUCCUUAAAAUUCAUUAAGCGAAACUAUCAAAGGAGCCAAUAAAAACAUGAGUUCACACUCCUUACGGCAAUCAAAGUCAUGCUGUGCCAUGGCUUGUGGAACUAACAGGAAAUGGAAAGAAAUUAAAACUCAGAUUGGCCAUAUUUUCUUGCAAAUCAGGCUCUUAACAGCAUUUAUAGUCUUAAUAACCAUGAGCCAAGAUAUUUAUUAGCCACAUAAAUUCUAAUUGAAUUGCCAUAAGGGAAACUCAUUUUAUCAGCAAAAGUAGCACAAAUUUUUAAAUCGUUAUGUUUUGAAAUAUGACUGAAGUAGCUCAUAACUUGUCAACUAAGUAAGCAUAUUACAUGCACAUUAAUGAAAACAGCAGAUUCUGCAUGAUCCCCCCGGUGGGGUAAAAUAAGCCAGGCUGGGGUCCUCUCAAGAGGUUAUCAAAACCAAUUUUGGACAAAACAGUGGUUUUACACAGUGAAAGUUUAUCGCUUCCUCUUAGAAGAAACAUUAAAUUCCAGCUUUAACUGAGUACCAUCAAUUCAACCACUCUACACAGACUGAAAGCACAGGACACUGUCAGCUUCCACAAAUAUAUUUGUAUGCAGAGUUUUUACCACUAAUCUCUGCUGCUGCACUUCACAGCAAUAACUUCUGGCUUGAAAAAAUGAUUAAGGAUAGAGAGUUAGGCAUAAGCAGAGCAACUCCUGAUAUCCCCCAUCUCCUGACCCAGCUCUUCACCACCUUUCUGCUGAACACAUCUUUCUCUGUCAACAAGGGACAUUACAUGGAUUGGACAAAACUCAAGCUGAAUUUACCGGGUACUUCAUUUCAGACACCAGAUUUAUUGUCUGAAAACCUGUUUCUUUGGGGCUUGGUUUGGGGCUGCCUGAGAAAAAGGCAUAAACUCUAACUUACAGUUAUUCUUUAAUACUGUGGUUUAAUUUUGAAUGCAGCAGCUCACCAUCACAUGCUGUUCUCCAUCCUGAAUGUACUCUUGCAGUACCAAAGACUGGUACCCUGCAGAAACUCUCCAAUGCUUCACUUGUGCUCUGCCAGAAGCACAGCAGUGAUGGCCAACGCUUGAGGAACAGCUAGAGCACACAUGUUCUUUAGGAUGUGCAUAAGGGAUGUAAGUUUUUCCUAAAGCUUAAACUUCAAGCAAUGAAAUUAAGCUUUCAAAUGCUUUUUCACAGGAAACUUGCACAGCUAUCUUUUGCCAAGCACUUAUAAAGGGCACUUCAGGGUUUGUUGUUGUUCAAAUGGUUUCUCUUAAGUUUACUGAACAACUAUACAAAAAUACAACAAUGGCUUCUCUUAAGUAUACUGAACAACAACUAUAGUGCUUGUUUCUCAAUGAGCAUUUUUAUUUACUUGUUGGGAUGAUCCUAAAAUUGUCAAAACUCAAACUGUGAAAGUGGUUUAAUCCAACUCUCAUCUAAACUUAGAUGUCCUAUUAAUAAACACCAUAAACUUAAGCAGAAGCCUCAAAAUUUUGAAGAAUACUCCCUUCCAUGAAAUCACAGAACACACUCCUCUCCACUCUUACCUUUCAUAGCAAUCAAAUCACUUGCCACCUACUAAAGUCUCUAAAUACUGUUUUAUUAAAAAAACCCCAAGAUAUAUAUAUACCUUAUAUAUAUAGAUAAAUGUUCAAAGGGGUAUAUUUGUUUGAAGAAAGCAGCAGAACUCCUUCUGUAGCAUAUACAAGCUAUUUUGAACUUAUCAACAUAAGUUGCUAUAUCUUUUGCAAUAAAAUUGUCCUAAAGGCACAUGCAGUACAUGUCAUCUCAUAUGGGGUUAAAAGAUAAACAGCAAAUGAAGCCCAUGGCAUUUUAAGUUUCUGAAACUCAGCUGAGGUUAUUACUACAUUAUGGAAGUCUUAGUAAGUCUACCGGCCAAGCCCUGGGUGCUUCAGUGUUGUCCUUUGACAUGCUCAGAUAAAAAAGAUUCUUAGAGUGAGUCACCAUAAAAUUACCUGUCAGAGGAAUCAGUCAGCUGAAGCAGAACCUAAUGACUGAUGGGCAUCAAAAUUACAUGUACUUUUUAAGGUUUGCAAGAUCAUGUCUUAUUUGGAACCAGACUUCCUUUGGAAGCUGAAAAAAAAAAUAACACAGGCUCUAUGCACUUUCUAUAUGUGGGACUGAAUCAAAAGUGGAUCUAGAUGUCCAGUCACCUGAUGCUGGGCCACUCCAGUUUCAGAUGUCUGACCAGUGCAGUGGAACCUGCUGUCUGGCAGAGCAUCCCCAAGAGAAGAGAUGGGAGCUGUCUGAACUAGUCACUGCAUACACAUUCUAGAGGGUGUUGUCUGAUCACCCUUUCCCUAAGAAAUAAGCAUCUUUGCACUCAGAGUUGGGCUGGUGGCUUAUCAGUGCUCAGCAAUCACAAUGCAGAACACCCACCUGGAAAUACCUACUGAUGUCCAUGCUCUGGAAGCCUUGGCAGAGCUCAGUUUCAGCAUUUCUUACCAACUCCAGCAUUAGUCACUCACAUUUUCGGUGAGCCACCAAAUUCAAUUAAGAGUUCAGCCAUUGCUUCAGAGAGAAGUAACCCAAAGUCGUGUUUCCCCAGAGCAGGACACUCAGCAUUUCUGCUCUCACUGUGCCACCCUGCACAGACGGCAUCGCCCGCAGUGUGCACCUCCUGCUCCUCUGCUGCUGCUGCUGCAUUGCUGCUUCAGCAAGAGGAGAGUUUUGCCAUGGCUGCUGCUGACAUGUAGGCAGACAAGCUUCCUCCUUCCCCCAUGGCUCUCCAGCACACAGGGGGAGCCAUACCAGUAAUCAGGAAAAGCUCUGGAGUUAAGCAUCCUGCCAGGAUCAACCCAAUCUAAACAUAUUUAGUAAUUUUACAUCCUAUCUGUAAUCACACAGGAAAUUAUCCACGUUAUCUACUUAGAAAGUCAAAGCAAGCAGUAGGUAGUACCAGAAAUAUUACCUAGACACCAAAUUUAAGUCACUUUUCUAUGGUAUACACACCUUAAAUUACUUCAUGGUUGAACAAAGCCACUAUCAUUCUGCUAGCUAUUUUUCUCUGUCCAUGAGCAACAUUACAGAAACAACUUGAUCCCUUUUCUUUUCCAUUACCGUCUCAUUUUGAGACAUCUUACACAGUAUCAGGCCAUUUACAUUUGCUAAAUCACCUACAUAUUGAAAACAUUACAAAUGUACGUCUAUGCAGCUGAAUGCUUCAAAUUCCUCAAAAUAAUCAAUUUUCCUUGUUAAACUGGGGGAGGAGGGAGAUGAAGGUUUUCACACUGCAUCAGCAACACCGCUCCCAAUCAACUGUGUCAGUCUUACUGAAUGGCAAGAAACAUGUUAUUUUUCUUAACACCAGUUUAACCCCUCCUUUGACUUCUAAUGAGAACUCUGAUAGUGCAGUUCAAGAAUGCCAUCAGUCGUAGAAACUACUUCUUUUUAAGCACAAGAAAUUGUGCUUAGAAGUUCCACUGUAUCACCAAGUAUACUCGCUUUUCUCACAUGCAAAUCAUCAUGGGGCCAUCUUGUUCAUAGGCAAACCCACAAGCAUGUUAAGAAGUCCUCCCUCAUGUGAGGGUCACUCAUAUGUUAUUCACUAAAUCUCCUUUUUCCCCCUACCUCAGGAAUCUUCUAGAAGCAUUCACACAGGGGUGAAUGAGAUUGUACUGUCAAUUCAUAAAGCAAUUCCUCCUUUCCUAUGAGGCAGGAAGAUGAGUAGGACCAAUCAGGCUAUUUUAUACCUACCAAGAAAACAUAAGAACUUCACUUAUCCCACCUACAAGCUCAGAAAAAACAGGAUGGGCUCACUGACAACAACUUGUUCUCCUCAGUUCUGUGUAGGUUCUCCUGCCACCCCCUCACAGUGCCGUUCUGAGCACCUUCCUGUAGCAACGCAGCUGCCAUCUGUGAUGUGUGGUUUGCUCUCCCUCAUCCUCUCCCUAAGGGCAGAACCACAUUUAUUUUUAUGCUGAAUGAACGCUGUCCUCGGGAAUGGCCACGUGUCUGGUUGUGAACAACGCCUGCUGACAGACCAGCUCCUGCACAACCGCACCCACUCCGCAUGUCUGCUCACCCCACACUCACCCCCACACAGGCACCACGUGCCUCAGCACAUGGAAGGAUGUGGGGUGUCAACAGAGCCAAGCUGGAGCAGCAGUACGAAACCAAGGCAUACGGAGAACAGAAAAACCAAGGUACUCAUGUGAACAUGCUGCACAGUUCAGUAGGAAUUUCACAUGGAGUUACCUCAAAACCCCUCCAAGUCUGCUUGUCUUACUCCUAAUGCACUUGCCCUCUUAGUACUCACUCCAAAACCACACAUAUCUUGUGAUAAAAUGCAGAAUUAUGAACACAAUGCAAAAUGUUGAAAAAUAGUAUUUAUUAGCACCCAAUUUACAUAAUUAUAUGGUACAAAUGACACUUGCUGCUGCAACAUUAAAUAAAGCUGCUCUUAAAAACCAUUGCUUAUUUCUGGAAGUCCGUGUGAUUUUGCUCAGCACAGAAUGCGGGUACAGUACACAGAUACCCCACUUCACUACUGUCAUACCAACACAAAUACCUGCAUGGUUACCUCAAUGGGGUCUCAUUUUAAAUGGCACACUAACAUAAGCAGAUCUAUAUAAUUUUAAAUGACAAAAUAUUUAUUUGACUUAUUCAGGCAAGUGAAUGUAGCUUUAAAUAUAACCUAUCCAAGAAGUUUCACAAAAUAUGAAUUGCAGUGAAAAAGAGAAAAUUCAGGGCUACACUUGAGAAGCUCAAAAUGACACUGGCAUAUUUCAAAAUAAUCUCCCUCUGAAUUUUCUAUCUUUGCCGUUUUAGAUAUUUAUCCAGCAUUUUAAACUACUGAGUUUUAGUAAGAAGUUUAAUACUAAAUUUUUGAAGAAGCAUUUCCAUUUAAAGCAAAAAUUUAUACUUGUAAUAAUAAACACUUAACAAAUCUUUGGAGAAUGAAUCACUUUCAUUUUUCUCACGUCCCAUGAUUAAUAAGCCUUUUUAAAAUCAUGAAAUAUAUUACAUUUAUGGAUGCUUACUCCCAAGAAAACUAUUUCCUUCAUAAAUUAGAAACCAGAAUUCCUCACUCAAAAUAACAUUCACUUUUGUACAACAGUUGCAUUUAAACAAGGUAAUUUUGGUGGUACUGCAAUUCUGACACAGCCUCGUACUGAGCCAUACACAAAAAAUUGACAAGCAGACUAUUACUCAACAAGUAGGUAUUUCUCAUUUGGAUCCAAAAUUCUGCAAGACACUUAAGCCCAACAUUGUUUCAAAGUAGUCAUUCAAAACUGGUGUAUAAAAUCAUAACCUCAGGAUAGUUCUGAAGGUGAAUCUUAAUAUCCUUUAGCUGUUCAUAUAUCAGCCACAGUAGCCUUUUCAUAUCAACAAUCUGCCAUGGAAGUGACCCAAAACAGAAGGGAAGCCACUGUAAUUAGUAACGUGUUAGUGGUUAUCACCUGUAGUAACUUCUCCUAAAGAGAGCUGCCAGGUAUCACUAAAUUCUAGUAGAAAAGAAGAAAGUGUAUUAAUAUAAGCAAAAACGACAAAAAAAAAAAAUCCAAGCUAUAGUCCAUAUGGCAAAGAAAUUUGUCUUUUUUAACCUGGCAGUCAACUGAAGACAGUUAUGCAAAAUACAAUGCAAAAAUGACAAAUGUCAACAGAGAACCUUACAGCAACAAAAGUCAUCUCAUCAUGGGAGUUCCUUCUACAAGUUUUUUCAGAUGCACUAUUCAAGGAAAACAUAGCACAAAACUGCUUUUCAGUCUGCUUAAGACUAUAAUGGUACAAGAAAUCAUUAGUUAACAUGCUCAGUUUGCAUUUCCAAAAGAAGAGCUAACACAUAUGAGACAGUUUUCAAAACUGAUGCACAAUUACAAAUGUCCAACUGCAAGGAAACAAUUCUAGGAGCCAUACAUCUGAAAACAAGCUACAUUCGAAAGCACUGUAUCUUGAUGACAGGAAGCAUAAAAAAA